AUGAUUGUCGAGUGAUUGAAUUCAAAGAAGGAACAAAAAACAAGAUCUUAAAAAAUCACGUUAUUAGGACAGACCAAGUGCAAGACAAGGAUAUUUGUGAGUUGAGAUGCUAUCUUGAACCAAACUGCGUGUCUUACAACUACGGUCCGCGGGAAGGUGGAACAUUCACAUGCGAGCUGAAUAACAUGACCCACUCACAAGUCUUCGAUUCCUUCGAAGACAAAAGCGGAUUUUUAUACACAGAGAUUUUUAAUCCUUGUGAAAGCAAUCUGUGUGCUAAUCACGCCACAUGUCAAGCGUGGUUUGGUGACCAUGGAUACCGCUGUCUAUGUCCUGCUGGAUAUCAAGAAGUUCAGUGCGAGACAGAUAUCGACGAGUGUAACGAUGGAAGCCAUGACUGUCCCACCAUUGCCAUUUGUACAAACACCGGUGGAUCAUUUGACUGUAGCUGUAAGUCUGGACACCAAGGAGAUGGACGGUCCUUUUGCUCAGACAUUGAUGAAUGCAAUGAUCAUAACCCGCCCUGUGACGAAAAUGCACACUGUGGAAACACUGAUGGCUCUUUCACAUGUUCGUGCAAAGACGGAUACUCUGGAAAUGGACACUUAUGUACAGGUUUGAUCGAUGAUGAGUUGGCUUUGCCUGACUUAGCAUGG